AUAAAAAAGGUAAUAAUUGAGGGAACAAGUGUUUGGAGCGUUAAGAAAAAGAAGAAGAAGAAGAUAAGUGAGUGGAUUGAGGGUCGUGAUUGGUUGGUUACAAGGAAUUUUAAUCAACACCCCCAAAACGGCAACCCGUCGUCGUCUUCGUGGUGGUGUUGCUGGGGCUCCGCCGUGCGCCGCGAGAAAUCGCGUGAGAUUUCGUCAUUAUCAUCGUCAUCGACGGGAACAACUGCGGGAGGAGUGUCAUCGGUUUCAGGGACAGGAAUACCCUCGGCGUCAUCUCUGUCAUCAUCACCAUCGCCAUCGUCAUCAUUUACACGUUCAAAACGACAACGCAACUGCAACUGCGAAAUGGAAGAAAAGUCAUCGGCACGCUUCUCUGAGUAUCUUUUCGCGAAGAUGGGCGGGCAGGACGUAUCGGCCUCCCAGGGGCCCCGCAAGGUGACAGCUGACACCAGGAAGUGGAUCAGGGAAAAUAUGCUUUUGCUGGUUACGCUAUCCGGAGUUGUGCUCGGUGUCGUUUUAGGAUUCGGAUUACGACCACUAGGACUUAGUGAUGACACCGUUAUGUUAAUUAGUUAUCCUGGUGAAUUAUUUAUGCGAUUACUAAAGCUCAUGAUUUUACCACUAGUUAUCGCAAGCUUAAUUUCUGGUUCGGCGAGUUUAAAUGCCAAAAUGAAUGGCAAAAUAGCUGUAAGGACUCUAGUAUAUUUUAUAUUGACGUCGUUGUUAAAUGCAAUAUUGGGAGUCGCACUGGCGUUAUUAAUUCAUCCGGGUAAUUCGGGCAUGAAGGAUUCAAAUGCGAUUUCCACUCAUGCGAGGGCUGUUAAUAUUUUGGAUAGUCUUUUGGACUUAGGAAGAAACAUGUUUCCAGACAAUUUAUUCCAAGCGGCAUUUCAACAAGCGCACACUGUUUACAUACCAAAAAAAUUACCAUUACAAAACGAGAGUGACAGAGUUGUUGAAUCAACAGCUGAAACUGGAGGAACUGUUAAUCCUGAGCAAGAGUUAGUACGUGUUAUACAGUACAGAAGUGGUACUAAUACACUGGGAAUUGUAUUUUUUUGUUUGGUGUUUGGUACAUUUUUGGGGACACUUGGAGAAAAAAAGGGACAAGUUGUUAUUGAUUUUUUUAAAGCUGUUUUUGAAGUUAUUAUGAGGAUGGUUUCAACUGUUAUGUGGAUGACACCAAUUGGUAUAACAUCAGUGAUAGCUGGUAAAAUACUUGGAGUUGAUGAUCUGGCUCUAGUGAUGGCCCAACUAGCCUGGUUUAUCGUCACCGUAGUCAUCGGUGUAUUCUUUUAUCAGCUGGUGAUAAUGCAACUUAUUUAUCUGGCAUUCGUACGGAAGAAUCCCUUUAAAUUCUACGCCGGACUGGCUCAAGGGACAUUGACAGCAUUCGCCAUGGCAUCAACGGCUGCCGCAUUACCUGUCACCUUUCGUCUGAUGACCGACAAGCUACGAGUUGACCCCCGGGUUACGCGAUUUGUCCUUCCGAUUGGGUGUAACAUUAAUAUGGACGGUACUGCGCUGUUUGUUGCAAGUGCAAGUAUUUUUAUUGCGCAGAUGAAUGGAAUUUUUUUGGGAUUUGGUGAAAUCGUAACUGUUAUAUUAACAUCAACAGCGGCAAGUGUAUCAUCAGCAUCAGUACCGAGUGCUGCAUUAGUAUUAUUACUUGUCGUAUUAAGUGCUAUUGAUGCACCGGUACAAGAUGUAUCACUUUUAUUUGCUAUUGACUGGUUUGUAGAUCGUGUAAGAACAACAAAUAACAUGUUGGGUGACUGUUAUGCGGCAGCUGUAGUUGAACAAUUAUCUAAAAAAGAAUUAAUGGCUUUAGAUGCAGCUGCUUAUCAAUCGGAAACAGUUUUACCAACAACAAUAGCCAACGGAUGCUUAUCAGCAAAUAGAGUACCAGAUCCUGAUACAAUUGUUGUAGAAAUGCAAGACGAUACAAGGAUAAGCCCCAUCGCCAAGUAAAAAAAAAUUAUUGUAUUUCAAGCCUUCCAGUACAGUUAACAAGGAAUGUGAUAGAAGAAACUGUCUGACUAAUAAUUACAAGGCAAUGUGAUUACAAAUGUGACAAUUAUUAAUUUAUAAAUUAAUAAUUAAGGUAAUAAUUGAAUUGUGACGGCAGUUUUUAA